CGCCCAGCCCCUUACCACGUGACGGCCGACCCCUCCCCCUCCCUGUGGCCGCGCGGCGUCGCUCUCCGGGUAUUUGAACCGCGCUUCCGCCAUCUUCGCAGCGCCCAGUCACCGGAGGGAGCGACGCGGAGAGAAGCCUCGGGAAAGACCCAGCAUGGCCGCCCAAGGAGAGCCCCAAGUGCAGUUUAAGCUUGUCCUGGUUGGUGAUGGUGGUACUGGUAAAACAACAUUUGUAAAACGUCAUUUGACUGGUGAAUUUGAAAAGAAGUAUGUAGCAACGCUGGGUGUUGAAGUUCAUCCUCUGGUGUUCCAUACUAACAGAGGCCCUAUUAAAUUUAAUGUAUGGGACACAGCUGGCCAAGAGAAAUUUGGUGGCCUGCGAGAUGGCUAUUACAUCCAAGCUCAGUGUGCCAUCAUAAUGUUUGAUGUAACAUCAAGAGUGACUUACAAGAAUGUACCUAACUGGCACAGAGAUCUGGUACGAGUAUGUGAAAACAUCCCUAUAGUGUUGUGUGGCAACAAAGUGGAUAUUAAGGACAGAAAAGUCAAGGCAAAAUCCAUUGUCUUCCACAGGAAGAAGAAUCUCCAGUAUUACGACAUUUCAGCUAAGAGUAACUACAACUUUGAGAAGCCUUUCCUCUGGCUUGCUAGAAAGCUAAUUGGAGAUCCUAACUUGGAGUUUGUUGCCAUGCCUGCUCUUGCACCACCUGAAGUUGUUAUGGACCCAGCACUGGCAGCACAGUAUGAGCAAGACUUACAGAUUGCUCAAACCACUGCACUGCCAGAUGAAGAUGAUGACCUGUGAGGGAUGAAGCUGGAGCCCAGCGUCAGAAGUCUAGUUUUAUAGGCAACUGUCCUGUGAUGUCAGUGGUGCAGCGUGUUUGCCACUUUAUUAUCUAGCUGAGCAGAACAUGUGCUUAAUCUUUGGGAUGCUGAAAGAGAUGAAUGGGCUUCGGAGUGAAUGUGGCAGUUUAAAAAAAAAAAAAAACAAACAAAACAAAAUGGAAAAAAAAAAACCAAAACAAAAAACUUCAUAUUUUGGACCUGCAUAUUUAGCUGUUUUCUGGACUGCAAUUACUUCCCCUUUUGAGUUUCAAAUAUAAGACUGCUGCAGUCACAUCAGAGUUAAGAGUGUUAAGUGGUAAAUCUUGUUUCUGUCAUUCCCAUUCUUUUUUGUUUAGAUAAUAAAGUUGUAUUUCAAGUAUCUCUAAGCAAGUGAACUUUCAUGCAUUGUUAGGAAAACUCUUCAAAGUGUCUUCUGUUCUUCAAUUGAGGCUAAUACUUGGUUGUCUACUGCAUUUCUCAUUCUCUGUUCUCCUUUUCCUUCUUGCUUCUCAUGUUAUGCUCCUCUUGCUAAAUCAGAGCUAACAGUUAACCCUUCCUUGGUUUCCUGAAGCAUAUAAGUAAAGCACCUGAGGAAAGCUGAACUAACUGCCAGGUAAAACUAAAGCAUUGAACACUUGACUGGUAAGUGUGACUGGAUCAACAUUCCCAUGCAAAUGGGAAUGUUUGUGGUCUGCAGGGUAUCGUGAGAGAAAAGUGUGUAGUUCAGCUUGCAUAUGCUACCAUUAGAUACAGUCUCUCAACUCUCUAACUUUUAAUAUGUUUUACAACAUGCCUUCACAGAGCUCUGUAUUUUUAGUAGCCAGAAACAAAUGGCAUCUAGGUCUGUUAGGUGACUUAAAAGCUGUAUCUUUGCAUGGAACAUCAUUCAGUAGAGCUAUAGCUGAUUAAAACAAACUCUCUCUAAGCAUCUUAAAAUUCACUAACUAGAAAACAGCUGUAGUUUGAGCUAAAAAGCUCUUGGCUACAAAACAGCAUAUUAACUACAACCACAUUUAUAUAAAUAUCUAGACUUUACUGUAACUGCACCAAGUUCUUAAUUUGAAACUAGCGUAUUACAGCACAAAUGGUGGAAAAUGUCAACUUUUAACACUAUCUUGUAGAGAUUAAUCUUGGUCAAUAUUAGUACUGCUAGUAAACAAAACUAAGUUUAAGAUACCAUUUUUCAGUAGUGUUUGAGUACAUGAAGCCUUGAACUCUUCAGUUUUGUAUUUUUGGUUUCUUAAUAAAGUGGAGCAUUUCAUUUA